AUGUUACUUGAAACGAAGAAGAGGACACGCGUUUCAGACGAAGAAAGUGAUCAUAAUGAAAGUGGAGAAGGCUUUGGUGGUGCCAUGAUUGAUGGCAGGAAUAAUUACAAAGAAAAGGCUGGAAAAGUAGACUUAAAGAGAAUGCGGUUAGAUCUUGACCAUGAAGAUUUGAGAGUGGUUCCAUCCGAACUCUUUAACUCUAGUUCAGAAUCAUCACCAAGAACGCCAUCAUCUCACUCAACCCAUGCGGAUACCACCGAUUUUACAUCUUCUCCCUAUUCAUAUCAUCAAAUUCUUCAACAGCAGCAACAAUCAACUUUAGGCGGUACUUCUUUAUUGAAUCCAAAUUUCCAUAAACUACAUCGUAACCCAAUUCGAAUCUCGACAAGAUCAGAUGCAUCAUCAUCAUCCUCUACUGAACUUUUAAAUCCUUACAUGAACAUCAAUUCGGUUUUGUAUCUCGCCAAUUUGACGCGUACUUCACAUAUCGUGAAUGAAUUGCAAGACGAUCUUGGAUGCAUGGAAAUUGACGAGAGAAUUGCUGGAUCAAAUCAUAAUGAAAGAAGACAUGGAACAUCUUCAUCCGCAAUGGAGAAUGUUGGUUCUUUGGAUCAAGAAUUGACUCAUGACCUUCAUUAUCGGUUUCAGAAUAGAGAAUAUGUUAAUGAAGGUUCUUCUGAUGUGUCCGAUUACCAGUCCAUUAACGCAAUUUUGAGAGAAGCUUUCUUAAGAAGGCAUCAACACUAA